AAUCACCCGUUUUCGCGUUAAUUAGCCGUAUUUUUGUUUCGUAAUUUGUGUCUUUACUUAUGUAUUCAAUAGUUGAGGAUUAUGUUACGUUAUUCAUAUAACUGUUGUUUGACCAUCCAAAAGUAUUUGAACACCGUCAGUCCUAAAUGCGAUACCAAACUUUAUGCUUAUAAGAUUUUUGACAGAUGAGAAUGAGCAGUCCACUGUCCAGCCUGAAGAAGCCACAGAAGACACCACUGAUGGGGUUUAACCAAGGCCACCGACCAGUUCCAUUCAGAAAUCCACAAUAUACAGAUGAUGAAAGCAAACUGCUAGAGGAGAUAACUGGCACCAUGGCCUCCCAGAGGAUAAAAACCAGAGAUCCAUUUCUUGGCGGGCUGCCAAAACUUCCCAACGUCAGCCCACGUGCCUCUCAGGGAUUUGGCAUGCCGCAAAAGGGACAUGCUGCUCCAGAUCUGCCUAGAUCUAAUUCAGACCUAGGCCAACUUGCCUUAAUAUCUCCGCCCAGUGAUCAUGAACUCAUGGCCACCAUGAUAUCUCGUAUAACACAGUUAGAAGCCAGACUGGCAGUGCAAGCCCAGGAAAUGGCUGACAAGGAAAAGAAAAUUCAAGUAUUGACAGAGAAAAAUAAAUUAUUGCAAAAGGCUCAAGGUUCAAAUGACCCUAACAGUCGAGUAGUGGAGCUGGAAAACAAGUGUUACCAGUUGCAGGAACAAAUUCAACAGAUGGAGAAUUUUUUGUCUGACUAUGGAAUGGUGUGGGUGGGGGAGGAUGAAGAGCAGGCGGAACAAGAAGAAAGUGACGAGGAAGAAAUGUGGAGACCAGGUUCAUCAGUAUCACAGCAACCCACAUUCCGCGUAGACUAUAACCGUCUGGUAGAGAACAUCAAAGACUUGAACGCCCUAGCAGGGGAAGGGGUGGCAUUUAUCACUCAGACAAAGGACGGGGCACGCUUGAAGAUGCCAGACUCGAUCCAGCUGACGCUGUAUGCCAAUGGUAUCCUGAUGUUCAAUGGCCCAUUCCGUCCCUUCACGGACCCCACAACCCAGGUCUGUGUACAGGACAUCCUGGAUGGCUACUUCCCUAGCGAGCUGCAGGGGAGAUAUCCUGACGGUGUGCCAUUCAAUGUGACAGACAAGCGUGAGGUGCACUACCAGGAGAGACAACAUGAAAUCUUUAAAGGGGCCGGGCAGACGUUGGGUGGGGAGACGGUGCCAUCUAGACUGGUACCUAGUAACAUACAGGAUAGAAACCCUCGCAGUUCCCAAUCAAAAGAUAAACCAGUCCAGGCCACAACGUCAGAAUUACCUGGGCCACAACUUACUGUUGAACAGUUUCUACAGAAACUUCCAAAGUCGGUGAUGAAGGCUGGCAAAAUAAUUGACAUCAGAAGUUCACUUGGGGACACUUUGAAUGGAGGUAAACCUAGCCAGCCUGAGGUGACUCUGGUGGAGACGGACACAGUCAUAGCCAUGAGGAAACGAUUGGCAGGUGAGGCGGAGUUAUCUCGGCCGUGCACGCCAAGGGACAUCACCACGCUGAGGAUCAAGUCAGAGGACGGCGGUCACACGUACAUACUAAAGAUGAAGUUCAGUGAAACAGUCGGGAGUCUGAGAAAAUACCUGCAGGCUCAAAGGAGCAAUUCAGUGGCUGCAUUUGACAUAGUUUCAACCCAUCCAACAAAGGUGCACACAGACGACAGUCUCACAUUACAAGAAGCCGGGCUUACACCAAAUGCUGUGGCAUAUCUUAAGAAGAAAUCCUAGUGUUUCAUUUCAAAACAUGCGAAAGGACUUGGUCUUCUGUGUGCACGAUUCCAUGAUAUGGUACUUAUGGUACAGGUUUAAUUAGUUUUGAAACAUGAUUGGAACAUUAUCUUUUCAAUGAACGAUUCAAUGCAUUGGAACCCAAAGUUGAAUCAGUGUUUAAUAUUCUUGCCAUGGACAGUUCCAUGUACAAUUCUUUGAGGUUUCUUGGGUGUUCAUAUUGCUGAUGCUUAAUAACUACAUAAAUAGUCAUGAUAGCAGUAUGGUUUGCCAUAUGUUACCAGUAAUCAGUAUAAUUUGCAUUUCAUUUUCUGUGAUAUAUUAAUUCUUUGCUUACUGAUGUUUUAUGGAUCUGUUAGAUCGUGUAGUGUAAUAUAUGUAAAGGCAGAUCUAACAAUCUGGACCAAUAUUUUGUUUUAAACAUGUUGUACAUGAAUUGAAAUUAUGCACUUACAUUUUUCUGUGAAUGUUUUGUAUUGUAUUUAAAUUUAAUUUUUUGAUUUACAUAAAUGGUUUUGUUAGAUUUGUCUUGAAAGAAUGGAAUAAAAUUACUAAAAUAA